GAGUAAGCGUGUCUCAGUAUGUGCAGCGUGUUCAGACCUGAGCUCAGGUAGGGAGCAGCAGAGCAGUUAAAAGACGACGCAGUGAGCUGCUGCAUCACUUUGUUUUAUCUGAUUUACUGGAUUCAAAACUCAACAUGAGGAACAACAGCUGGAUUUCACUGCUGCUGGGAGCUCUGCUGGCUGCAGUCUGCACCGUCCAGGCCACCUACACACACUACUCGACGGUGCGCUGCAGCUGUAACGGCAGAUCUCGGUACUGCCUUCGGGACGCCGGGGGUCUGCACUGCGUCGACUGUACGGGACACUUCGAGGGCCGCCACUGCGAGCGCUGCAAGGACGGCUUCCACCUGGUGGGGGCGGCGCUGAGCUGCACACCCUGCCGCUGCAACCCCACAGGUUCUGUCGGUGCCACGUGUGACAGCGGCGGGCGCUGCGGCUGUAAAGACGGCGUCACUGGAGAUAAAUGCGACCGCUGCCCGGACGGGCCGAUCGGACCCAACGGCUGCUCGCAGAGACGUCAGGCCAGAGAGGAUUCUGGGAGUCAGACCUGUUUCUGUUACGGUCACAGCAGCCGGUGUUCUGCACAAUCCGGUUACUCCGUCCACAACAUCACCUCCACCUUCGCCGACGGUCCGGAUGGUUGGAAGGCGGCGACAGCGCAGGGCGUCACGCCCAACGACGUCCACUUCCGCUGGUCGCCAAAACACCAGGACCUGGAGGUGAUCUCCAAAAACAGCCUGCCGGUUUACCUGUACGCCCCAGAUCCUUACCUGGAGAACCAGUUGCUGAGUUACGGUCAGAACUUUUCCUUCUCGUUGCGUCUGGACCGCGGCGUCCGACACCCGUCCACCAACGACGUGAUCCUGGAAGGCGGCGGCCUACGAGUGGGCGCCUCGCUGGGCGACCUGCGCUCCAUCGUCCCCUGUGGCCAGAAGAUCAACUACAGCUUCAGACUGGAUGAGCAGCCCAGCAGCAGGUGGAGGCCUGAACUCUCCUCCUCCCAGUUCCAGACGCUCCUCCAGAACCUCACCGCCAUCAAGAUCAGGGCGACAUUCGGCGAAAAUGGACGUGGUUACAUCGACAACGUGCGACUGGUGUCGGCGAGGCGUGGCGACGGCGCCCCGGCCCGCUGGGUUCAGACCUGCAGCUGCCCGCCGGGCUACGAGGGCGAGUUCUGCGAGCGAUGCUCGGCCGGCUUCAGACGCAACGCCCCCGCAGACGGGCCCUUCAGCGGCUGCGAGGCCUGCAGCUGCAGAGGAGGAAGCUGCGACCCGCAGACCGGCGACUGUUACUCUGCCGACGAGACGCCCGAUGACCUGAGCUGCUCCGACGGGUUCUACCGGGACCCCUGGCAGCCGCGCGCCUGUCUGAAGUGUCCCUGUCCCGACGGAGUGUCCUGCUCCAUCACUGCCGGUUCGCUGACGCCCCGAUGUUACGGCUGUCCAACCGGAUACACAGGUCCUCGCUGUAACGUCUGUCAGGAGGGUUUCCAUAGCGGUCCCGUACGGGGCGACGGCUUGCCGACCUGCAAGCCGUGCCAGUGUAACGGACACAUCGACGUCGGCGUGGCGGGAAGUUGUGAUCGCAACACCGGCGAAUGUCUGAAAUGUGUGAACAACACGAGGGGACAGAACUGCGAGGUCUGUCUGCCGGGGUUCUACCACGGCCUCGCCACCGACGCCUGCAAACCGUGUGCCUGUGACCUUCAGGGCUCUGAGUCCAGACAGUGUGAUGAUUCGGGCCGCUGUCGGUGUCGACCGGGCUUCGAGGGUCUGAAGUGCCCAAGGUCCAACUGUCCAUCCUGUUUCAGUCCCAUCAAGACGAAGAUGGCGGCCUACGCUGACAAGCUGAAGCAGCUGGAGACUCGGCUCUCAGACGUGGACGGAGGUUUGAAACCGGCCAACAGCGCCGAGAUGGAAGCUGCUCUGAGAGCCACGGAGAAGCUGGUGGACGACCUGCAGUACAACACCGAGCUGCUCACAGGACAGGAGAAGAACCUGCAGGGCCGCCUGUCGUCCAUCAGCAGGAGUCAGCUGGCCGAGGGCCAGGACCUCCAGAACAUCGCCGACGCCGCGGACAAAAUCAAACAGCGACAGCAGACGUACAAGACGAACGUGGAGGAGGUUCAGAGUCUGAUGCAGGAGAUGAAACGCAAACUGGACGAGGCCAAAGCCGACCUCAGAUCAGCUGAGAUUCCUCUCGGAGACGCUCCGCUGGGUCCAAACCUCCUAACCUCUCUGGUGAAGACUGCCACCAGUCUAGCUGACAAACAUCAGACGAGUGCAGACGCCGUGGAGCAAAGCGCCAACGAAGCUCUGAGCGACUCGCAGGAGAGUCUGGCUCUGGUCCGAACUCUCAUGAGCAAAGAGAACAAAGUCAAAGAGCUGAUCGGAGAUCUGAAAACCACGUAUGACAAGACUUCAGCCCAGGUGAAGGGUUUGGAGAACCAGGCGACCCGGCUGAGCGGCGAGGCCAGAGACGAGAGCAAAAUGGCGGACGGCAUGCUGAAAGACAUUGCCGCCAUGGAGCGAAACAUCCCAUCAUCCCUGAAGGGGCAGAUGGACGCCAUGGUUUCCAGGUUGGAGGAUGUGAAGCAGGCGGUGGACGGGGACAUCUCAGGAUUCGAGGCGCUGCAGGACGGCAUGCUGCGAGACAAGGACGCCACCGAGGUCCUGCUGGCCAAGGGCAAGGGCGCCCAGCAGAAGUUCAACAAGCUGCUUGACAGAGUCAACGUCGCCAAGAGCGACACCGAGGGCGCUCUGAAACGCUUCAACACCAACGAGCUGGACGUCGCCCUGAACACCCUGAGAGGUUUCGACCAGCAGAUCGAUAACAGCAAGGUUUUGGCCGACGCUGCCAUCAAGCGUCUUCCCGGCAUCAACGCCACCAUCCAGCAGGCCGUCAGAAACAACCGCGAGACGAUCUCCAACCUGGGAGACAUGUCUGAAGAUUACAGCAAAGCACUGGGAACCAUCGGACCACUGGAGACGCUGGUCAACAGUCUGGAGGGAACAUUGCCGUCUCCUGCCGGUUUGGUGAAUGAAGCCACCAAACUGAACAAGGAUGCCAGUGAUCUGAAUAGGAAGGCGACGGUUGCAGUUAAAAACCUCGCCAAUGAGCUGCGCGCCGGCAAGACGCUGGAGGCCGACGCCGAGCAGGCUGCCGGUGGAGCGGCGGCUGCGCUCAACAAAGCCAGAGAGACCAGAGAGGCCGUGGGGAAAGCGCUGCGAGACAUCAACGGCCUGCUGGCCAACCUGAACCAGACCGGUGUUGUGGAUGAAAACCGCCUGGCGCAGCUGGAGAAGUCUCUGGCCAACGCUCAGCAAAAUGUGUUGGGCAAUCUGAAGCCUCGUCUCCGAGACAUGGAGGACCAGGAGGUCGCCCUGCGCAGUCUGCUGAGAGGCAUCAACCGGGACAUCGACACCAUCCUGACAGACAUCGCUAACCUGGAGGACAUCCUGAAGGCCGUCCCCGCCGGCUGCUUCAACAGCCCGCCCAUCGAGGAGGCCUGAGGACCGUAGAGUUCUGGUUCCACAGAGAACCGAUCCACAAUAAACCCUUUUAAGCAAUAAUCUAUCUACGCUUAUAAAACAAAUCAUUUCAAAAGAGACAGUGAGUUUCUGCGUGAUUGUCCUGCUGGGAAACAAACCAAUUAAUGAUCCUAAUCAUAGAUUAUUAUGAGAAAAAUAUCAGUAAUUAAUAGUUUAAAAACAUUAGAGCAUCUUUAUAGAACAAAGUGCUGAACAAAGUUAUAACUUAUAACAAUUAGAAAAAGAGAUUGAAAUGAAAAUGAGUCAAUUUUUUUUUGGUUAAAACGAAACAAACAAACAUUUCCGUUUUUUAAAUUACAAAUGAAUUACAGAUUAUCCAACGAUACCCAGACCUCACCGGGUCAAAUCACCAAAAUCUCACUGUGAUACUCAUGCUGCGUUCAUGUCCUGUGUUAGUUACCGUAAAUAUCAGUCUCUGACUAACCAACCAGACGUGACCUGAAUGCAGCAUGAGGGCUCGAUGUUCCUGGUUUUUACAGUAAAUACCACAACGAUAGAUUUCAUGUACCCAGGAGAACAUUAUUAAAACAAGAUAAACUACAUAUUACGUUUACAUUAUUGCACAUAACAACUACUGAUAACCUUCUUUUUUAAAUACACUUAUUUAACCCACACCUAACCGUUGUUUUUGAUGCAUAUUGUGUUUAUGAAACUAUAUUUUUGUGUUGAUGUUUUCUGAUGAUGAUGUGAUGUAUGUAUGUGUGAAUGUAAGCGUGUUGUAUUUAUAACUGUACAUACAGUACAUCAGUGUUUCUACUCGUUCUGUUGUCUUUAACGUGUUUCACCAGCAGAAAUAUGUCUCAUAACUGCCUCCAAAUAAAACCUGCUGCACUUUUCCCUGUUUUA